CUGGAAUCGUAAGAUCACAGGUUCUGUUCCUGGCAGAGGCCUUAUAGUUUUAUUUUUACAGGAACGUCAGAUUGUCGAGGGUGGACUGGAUUAAAAACUGCGUUUUUGUGAGUUUGUGGUCAUCUUCAACACAUGCGACAAAACAUAAGUUUUUAACCUUUUUUUGCUUCCUCGAAUGAACACUAUGAUGCAAAAUGCCGCCAAAAUUAGUUAUAUCUAUUUUGGGGUGGCGUCCGCGUGUUGACAAAAACGUCGCUUGCUUUAAUUAAUUCGUUAAUUUCACAUUAAUUCGCUAAUUUCACAUUUGUGUUGACAAAACCAUCUGUUGCUUUUUAGCACCGCAUUAAUAAUACAGUGGAUCCCUGCUGAAACAAUAGACCUUACGAUCACUUAUUCACACUGAUCAUAGGUACUAUUUGCAUGUACAUACUUGAUGCAGCUUUACAUGUUCGAAAUGGAUUCGUUUAUUAUGUUAAUAAGGUACAAUCGUUUUAUUAUAUAAAUCGCCAUUAUUGGCCAUUAGUGUGCACUCUAAAGAACUGAUAAUUUGCACUACUCUUACAUAUACUGUAAGUAUUGCAUGGAUGCAAAAGUAAAAUGGAUAAAAGAAUUAUUUAUUACAUAUUGACGGGAAUUAUCUUUCUCAUAAUAGCGUACACAUUCGCCAAGGGUACUUGCUCAGGAUACAACGCUCAUAUUCACGAUACUGGCUUGCAAAAUCAUGCCAUUUCUGGCCAUGUACUGGAGACAAUACCCAACGCUGAUUUUGGAGAAUGCUUUCGGAAAUGCGGCCAAACCUGCCACUGUCGAUCAUUUAACUUGGGUCUUGAAGGCAAUGGCGUCUGUGAGCUAAAUGACGUGGAUAAAGAAGAAGCACAACGCGCUUUACUUACAAGAAAGGGAUUUGUACACGUUUCUUUCAGAGCUUUAACACAGGUGAGCCCAUAAUUACAGAAUAUUAAUAAAAAACCUAAUUAGACUAAGAUCUAGAGCAGUUAAUCUUUCCUCAACGUUCAGCAUUUUAUCUCGUCGAGGAAAACAAUAAAUACAGUAAUUCAAAAAAUGUUCUGAAACAUUCAACUCAUGCCUGGAGUUUCGAUAUUAUCUGCCGUUUAUAGUGAAAAUUGGUAACCACAGAAGUGACAAAAUUCCAGAUAUCAAUAUUAUCUUCCCGAUACUAUAUAUUCGAAAAGUUUAAGAAACAUCUAGGAUUGAAAGUAAUUUUUGAAUAACAGUUAGCUACAGUCAACUCUCGCUUUGUGGUCGCCCUAUUGUUGCGCAAACUCCUAUUAAGGACAGUUCAAACACCCUUGUGUAGAACAACGACCUUUCAAUCGUCAUACUUCAACCGGAUAGUUAAACCAUGGAACUAUAUAUGCAAAGACGUUCAUCCAGAUGCAUUCUCCAGUCCGAUCUCCUUUAAAAACUAUCUUAAACGUAAAUAUACCGAACUUGUUAAGUCAGUCUAUGAUGUUGAGUUAUCUUGUACGUGGUCACUGGUACGGGACUGUCCUUGCCACAGGAAAUAGUUAAGUCAGUUUGUCGUGUUUGUAUAUUUGUCUGUCUCUGUCUGUAAUAUGUUUCUGUCUAUCAUGUAAAGGCUAGUCUCCAUUCGGGAGGGCCUUCAGGAUCGGGGUGGACGGGAAAGUUUUCAGUUUGUUUUGCAAGAUUUCGUUUGGAACCUCUGGUUUCGAACUAAAUGAAUUUAAUCACACGAAUGACGUGGACGUCGUGAAUUUAAGACAAUGAAAGCUCUCCCGCCGUUUCUGUUCAGCGGAGGAUCUUCCUGUGUCGAAGCUGGCCUUUACCUUUACAUGCAUGUUCAAUCUGUCUCUUAGUUUACUUGACACGCCCAGUUUCAGGAAAUAGAGCCACGUUUACUCAAACUCUUUGAAGCAGUGACUAUUUUGAAUUUCGAGUUUAACUAUUGCAUUUAAUUUUUCGCUUGCCUGAAUCCUUUAGUGAGUUUGAGUUCGCGAUGUUCUAUUUGUUAUCAUGUUACUAUUUGGAGUUGGGUGCCCUGCAUGGGACAUUUUAUAAGAGUCCCGUUCGUACCUUACCUUUUUGGAUCUACUUUUGAUAUCUAGGUUAUUUUAACUUAAUGUAAUAUUUGUUCUGUUAUAUUCUUUUGUUUGUUAAAAAUUGUGAAUAUCGAUCCAAAUAAAAUUUGUUUAAAUUAAAAAAUUAAAAUUAAGUUGGUAAAACCCCGGCCUAAAAAAUCUACUAUGAAAUUAACUGAAAUAACUCUAUGUAGCUAUUACGGAUUCUCUAUAUUAUACGAAAUGGCGGACAGGUCAAGACACUGACCGGUCCCAAACAUACCGUAUAUUUUACUGUUCGACUCCCUUUACAUUAUGGACAUACUGUGAACAGAGAAAAUAUAUAUAUAUACAAAUAGAGAAAAUAAAUAAUUAUUCUAAUCUCACUAUUCAAACGACAAUGAAUGUCCUGCAGUAAGCAGGUGUACGGGACAUAGAGUCAUUCUUUCUUCAGCGCGGAAAGUACACACUCAAAAAAGUUUUCUCUGCUUGCGGAUAAAGUGAGCGAGAAUGUCGUCAGCGAACGAUCGCGUAUAAUUUAGUUUAUUAGUAAUAAGUUUAUUCUUCUUUUAUAAUGUAUUUAUUUUCCGCACGGCCCUUUGAAAAUCACCGAUGCGAUAGGUUACCGUGUUUAAAGAUCAUUAAUAGUAGUAGAUAGCCAAGAUGGCGGACAUAUAAACACGUGCGCGAUGCAGAAUAAUAUUUUGGGCUCACUUUUUUCGAAUUUGCCUUGUAACCAAGCCUGAUCCAAGAUGGCGGCCAUCAGUUGCUAAACAACUUACCUUUAUUUAUUUACCGCAAGAAAUUCGACGGAAAUACCACUUCGAUAAUUCGGUAAACCGCAUUUUGGACUGAAUUUAAAGAGACAAACAAUAACAUAAGACAUCGAAAAAGCAAAAGCGAAGAUUUUAAUCGAAGAAACGAUUCAAUUGAUGUUUCAGGUACUGCGCUAGUACGUUUAAUAGUACUGGCUCAUGAGUCAACAAGUUUUAUAUACAACUGAUAUACACUAUAAAAUAUUACAAUCGCAUGACAUAACAUAUUUCGUUUCUUGCAAUUACAUUUUGUGUUUUUUCUAUUAUUCUAUACAAAGUGUUCUACUUUGCAAGGGUGUAUGCAUUUAUCAAUGAUCAAAUAAAUUUUAAUCAAUAAAUAUGGCAGAUUAUUAUAUAUCAAUAGUCAAAGUCGCAUUUUUCUAGUGUUUUAUUGGUUGAGAGCAUAUCACGUGAGAGUGACGAAAUUAGGCUGUCUCCCUCGCAACAGCGCGAGAGGGAGAUAAUACGUUAUCCACCGGCGAAUAACAAAAAAAAUCACGUGCGCCAUCACGUGAAGGUGCGACCUUUGGACAUGCCUAGUACGUAAUUAAAACUUUCACUUUAAGUAACUGCAGUGUAGCCAGUGUUUAAUAUAACGUUUUAACAAUAAAAUAUUUCAUGUAUUUACGUUCAUUUGUUCUUUAAUUUGUUGUUUCUUUGACUAUUGAUAUAUAAUAAAACACUUAUUUAAUGAGACCUCGGGAAAGCAGUGUGUUUUGUGGACCCUCGACCGUCGAUGUUUGGGUCUCGGGUCCACAAAACACACUGUUUCCCUCGGUCUCAGUAAAUAUUAAGUGAUAAUUGUUUUUUCCACACAAGGGGUUUGAGGACUUUGGAAAUUCCAGGAGGGGGGGGGGGGUUUUGGGAUUAAAUUAAGUUCAAACCCAGUAAUUUUAGCAUUUCCAGGGAAGGGAAUUUUGUGUUAUUUGGAAAUUCCAGGGUUGCAAAUUCCAGGUAUGGGGGUUCUUUUCUUAUGAAAUCAUCGUUCUCAACUUCUCAGCCUCCUGUGGGGAAAAAAUGCAAUCUGCCAUUAUAAAAAAUGAUACCUCACUUAUAUAGUUUUAAUCUGCCAUUUUGGUUUUAAAAUACAGUAAUUACAGUGAACUUUUAAAAUGCAUCAUUCAAUUUGGGGGUGAUCCACCCCUCCCCCUGUUGACAUGGAUUUAGCGAUUUGCCAUUAAUCAUGUUAUCAAGAGGUGGUUAUGAUAUUUGAUAUAAGUAAAAUUCAUUGUGGUGUGACAUUUGAUCCCCCACCCUAAUAUGGUGUAGGGGAUUUUAUGUACACAAUAUUUUGUUGACAUGAAUAAGUUGACAUAAUUGUUUUGUUUGUGGAAACACCACAAAUGACUUAAUUUGCAAUCCACAAGCUCGGAUGCUCAUCAGUGAAAAUAUAAUAUAUUUACAGUCAAAAGCUCUGCAAAGUGUUUCCAUAUUAAACAAAACCAUUAUAUUAUAAUUUAUCAACAUGCAAACCAACAAAGAACUUUAUGACAUGAAGUUCCUGACUCAAUAUUUGUGUUAGUUUGCAUGGCAGACUUUCUACACUUGCUUGAGUCACUACCUCUGAGUCACUACCUGCCUCUGGGCUUCCAAAGUCCUCAAUUACCCCCUAACUGUGUGGAAAAAGCAAUCUGCCAUAUUUAUUGAUUAAAAUUUAUUUUAUCAUUGAUAAAUGUGUACACCCUUGAACAGUAAAACACUGUGUAUAGAAAUAAUAGAAAAAACACAAAAUGUAAAUGCAAAAAAACGAUAAAAAUAUCGAGAAAUUUCGCAAAUAUUCAGUCAUGCGAUUUUAAUAUUUUAUAGUGUAUAUCAGUUGUAUAUAAAACUUGUUGACUCAUGAGCCAGUACUAUUAAACGUACUAGCGCAGUACCUGAAACAUCAAUUGAGUCGGUUCUUCGAUUAAAAUCUUCGCUUUUGCCUUUUCGAUGUCUUAUGUUAUUGUUUGUCUCUUUAAAUUCAGUCCAAAAUGCGGUUUACAGAAUUAUCGUGGUAUUUCCGUCGAAUUUCUUGCGGUAAAUAAAUGAAGGUAAGUUGCUUAGCAACUGAUGGCCGCCAUCUUGGAUCAGGCUUGGUUACAAGGCAAAUUCGAAAAAAGUGAGACAAAAAUAUUAUUCUGCGUGCGCGAUCAAGUUUAUAAACAAAAUGUGAUUUUAGUGUUUUAUUAACAGAGUUUGACCGGUAUUUUAUUGAAAUAUUAUUGAUAAGCGUAACAAAAAUCUCUAUAUCGAGCUAAGGAAAAUCGAAACGAUCAUUGAAAUCGAGAAAACGACGAAAUUUGUUUACGUAUGGAACAGAAUACAUCAUCGCCGUUCAACACGCUCGCAGGCGAGGAAAACAUCAGCCGAUAUCAAGUAGAUAACUUCAAAGCUACAAAUAUGAAACGAGUCCCUAUGGAACAACUGGAUUUCACCAUAUAUAAACCAAGUUCAAACCUCGAUGCGUUCUGUUCGAAUGAGGAACGACUACCUACAUGGAUAAGGGCCAUGAAGCUACGAUAUUGCAAGGAUAACCUUGAGUUCGCCGAAGACAAAAUCGCCGUACAGUGGGAAGAAUCCGAAAAUCCCAACGACGAAACGACAAAAGUGUGA